UAUCAAGAAAAAGACGACAAAUAUGAGAGAGCCGAUUCCACCAGAAGAGCGGUUGGCUGUUACUUUGCGGUAUUUGGCUACUGGAGAAUCAUUUUGCAGCUUACAGUACCAAUACAGGAUAAGUGCCUGUACUCUUACCCAGAUCAUACCAGAAGUAUGUGCUGUUAUUUUUCAAGUUUUGAAAGAUGACUUCCUGAAAUGCCCAACUUCACCUGAACAGUGGCUACAAGUUGCCCAAAGCUUCAAAGACCGCUGGCAGCUACCACACUGUUUGGGUGCGAUAGACGGGAAACACGUGAAAAUACUCCAUCCAGCACACAGUGGGUCMUCAUUCUUUAACUAUAAAGGCUUUUAUAGUGUUGUCCUGAUGGCUGUCAUAGACGCCGACUAUAAGUUUUUAUUUGCUGACGUGGGGUGCCAAGGUCGAAUAAGUGAUGGUGGUGUUAUUAAAAACACURAUUUUURGACUGCACUUGUUGAAGACACACUAGGUUUACCUGACCCUCAAGAGUUGCCAAUGUCCUCUGACAGAUCAUUCCACGACUGCUAUUCUGAGCAGCCUAUGCCAUAUUUCUUUGCGGGAGAUGAUGCGUUUUCGUUGGAGACCCACCUGAUGAAACCUUAUGGUCAAAAACAUCUGACUGAGGAAAAAAGAGUUUUCAAUUAUAGGUUGUCUCGUGCCAGGAGACUUAGUGAAAAUGCAUUUGGUAUUCUCUCGAGUAGAUUCAGGGUUUUUUUUAACAACCUUGUGUGUCAAACCAGACAACGCUGUGAAGAUUAUACUGGCAGCCAUCUCAUUGCACAACUUCCUUCGGUCUAAGGUACCAGGGCGCUACACACCAUCAGAUAGCAUCGACAUAGAGAAGAAUAAUGGUGAGGUGGAGAAAGGGUCAUGGCGUCAUGAAUGUGAGAGUAACCUGUUUGAAGAUCUGCCAAACUACAAAAAGGGAAGRCAAACCCUCAGAGCUGWAGCAGCCAGAGACAUGUUAUGCCAAUAUGUCAAUGGACCAGGCCAGAUACCAUGGCAGUGGAAUGUUCUUGUGUAAUGUGUAUUUUAAUUUAGUAGCAAUUAUGAUUUUAUUUUGCAGAUUUAGUAUCUACUCUACUACAGAACUGAUUGAUUUAUAAACUUUAAUAAUUUGCAAUGUACAACUUAAAAUUGCAGUGUACUUUCAAACUAUUGUGUGGGCUGCUAGAGACUUGAGAGUAAUUUAAUAGAGUAGACAUAAAUCUGUGAAAAUAAAAAAUAUGUCGUAUCAAAUUUAUCAUGUCGCAGUAGGCAUGAGGAGGACAGGUGACAAUACUCUUGAUUAACAUUCUUGAAAAUUAURUUUCAUUUUCUUUGAUCUGAAAAUGCAACCUGUGACGAAUUUGAAAUUACUCAGAAAAAAAAAACAGUUAUCAAACAAUAAUAUUAGUUCAAAAAGCAUCUUGUGCAUCUCAUCAAGUGACUCUCUAUUUAAGAAUUGUCAUAAACCUUACUGUGAGUUGAAAUGUGUAACAGUUGCCGGUUAACAAGCUUGUGGUUAUAAAUUCAAAUUGAAUAAUAHCAUAUUUUGAACAAAAAUAAAACACCAAUUAGCAAGGAGCAUAAAAAUCUUCCAAAAAGUGUUACAAACUAGUUUCAAACAUUCUGCAGCUUGCACUAAGAAAAUGUAUGGUAAUUUACAAUUUACUCACAUGUUUCUUGAACUAUUAUGCCAUGCAUGUACAUGCGCUGUGAACCAAUGGACAGCACUGAAAGAGAAGCCAGUUAAGAAUACAAAAUACAUGUAGUUAUGGCUAGUUGGAUAACAGCAAAUGAAAAAAUGUAAAAUAGUACAAAAUAGUUAAUAGAUAACUUAAGUUUCAUACUCUUAUACUUAUAAAACAGCACUGAUAAAUAAAGGCUUGAAAAAUGUUGACAUUGCAUGCAAUAUUGGUACAUGUAAAAAGCUAAAAGCUAAAUCAAAAGCACAAAAUG